AUGCAGCCCGUCAGUCAGUCAGUCAGUCCUCUCAUUUCCCUCAACCGUGAAGGAACGAGGGUUUCUCCUCUCACGGAUGCAGUGCCUGUAGCUAUGGAGAACCUCCAAGGCUGCGGUGGGAAGCGCCCUAAUGCUUCUCGACAGGUAGCUAGGCCCUGCCUGUUGUGGCUCCUGGGAUUGGUCCUGCACCUGACCCUCACCUCCUCUCAGCGUGUUGACCUGAAGCACCCCGUAGUGUCCACGGGCUACGGGAAGGUCCGUGGCAUCAGGAAGGAGCUCAACAACGAGAUCUUAGGCCCAGUGGAACAGUACCUAGGCGUGCCCUAUGCCACCGCCCCCAUAGGCGAGCGGCGGUUCCAGCCGCCCGAAGCCCCAGGCUCCUGGCAGGAGAUUCGCAAUGCCACCCAUUUUGCGCCCGUGUGCCCCCAGAACGUGCACGGGGUUUUACCAGAGAUCAUGCUGCCGGUGUGGUUCACGGACAACCUGGAUGCCGCCGCCACCUACGUUCAGAACCAGAGCGAAGACUGCCUUUACCUCAAUAUUUAUGUACCCACAGAGGACGGGGUCACCGCUUACAGAAAAGCAGAUGCUGUCUCCAAGGACAUGCUCUGCCUUAUGUCAGUAGAAAGGGGCAAUGUUCUGAAUGCAAAUGAGCUCGGUGCCCUUCCCCACCGAGCCACCAUGUAG